GCGGCACAUCUCUCACAGCAUCCGACUGUCCGACUGGCAGCUCGGCCCCGUCGUCCAGCGGCCCGCCGCGCUCACGUCUGACCGUCCGCCGCUCAUCCGGCCCGGGACGCCUCCUGGGGAGACACGCACCCACACAGCCGGACCCGCAGAAACACGAGUUUUAAAGCAGGAAGUGAAAGGAGGUGGGAAAGGAGGCUCGGCGAGGCUAACCUUCUCACCAGCCAUGUCCAACGAGCGGACCCCUCUGAUCACGUCGGGGGUGUGUGGUCUGGCUGUGACCGCGGUAGCAUGCGGUGCACCGUCAGACCCCACCCCCGAGUCCAACUCCGAGACACCGAGCCCAGGCCCCCGAAAACUCAACACCUUUUUUGGGGUGAUGGUGCCGACCGUCCUGUCCAUGUUCAGCAUUGUUUUGUUCCUGAGAACAGGGUUUGUGGUCGGUCACGCUGGGCUGCUGCAGGGUCUCUUAAUGGUGGUUGUAGCUUACACCAUCAUAUCGCUUACAAUACUGUCCAUCUGCGCCAUUUCCACCAACGGUGCGAUCCAGGGCGGUGGAGCCUACUACAUGAUCAGCAGGUCUUUGGGGCCUGAGUUUGGAGGAAGCAUCGGUUUGAUGUUCUUCCUGGCCAAAGUGUUUGCAUGUGGAGAGUAUGUUCUGGGUCUCGUGGAGGCCAUACUUGAUGUAUUUGGUGCAGAUCCUGAGUCCUCUGUGUCCGAGGGGGUGCGGGUGCUUCCUCAGGGUUACUGGUACACAGUGCUCUACUCCUCAGUCGUCCUCCUGCUGUGUCUGCUCGUGUGUCUGGUCGGCGCCCACAUCUACUCCCGCACCGCCUUCGUCAUCCUGCUGGUGGUCACCGUGUCGCUGCUGUCCGUCUUCAUCAGCUCUGUGGCAGUCAAACCUCUCGACUUUGUCAUCACCCGCAAGGGAUCUGGCAACGUGACCCUCCGCUACAACGCCAGCUACACUGGUUUCAACGCCACCACGCUGAGGAACAACCUGUACUCUGCCUACUCUUUGGACUACAGCACCAACUCCGUCAUGUCUUUCGCCACCGUGUUUGCCGUCAUGUUCACCAGCUGCACUGGGAUCAUGGCCGGAGCCAACAUGUCAGGAGACCUGAAGACCCCGAGUGUUUCCAUCCCUAAAGGCACCAUCGUAGCCGUCUUGUACACCUUCAUAGUCUACGUCCUCCUCUUCCUUUUGGCCAGCGCCACCUGUGACAGGACACUGUUGAUUCAGGAUUACGGAUUCUUACAGCGAAUCAACAUUUGGCCUCCGUUCGUCACUGUCGGGAUAUACUGCGCCUCCCUGUCGGCUGCCAUGUGCGCCAUGAUCGGAGCUUCCCGCAUCCUCCAUGCUCUUGCUCUGGACCAACUCUUUGGUUUGCCGUUAGCCCCCGCUGCCGUCACAUCGAGCUCAGGGAACCCGUGGGUGGCAGUGCUGUACACCUGGGGCCUGGCACAGUGUGUGGUGUUUGCAGGGCAGCUCAAUGCUGUAGCAGGUCUGGUGACUGUGUUCUACUUGCUUGCCUACGCUGCCGUUGACUUGGCCUGUUUGGCUCUUGAGUGGGCGUCAGCACCAAAUUUCAGACCGACCUUCCAGCUCUUCUCCUGGCACACCUGCCUGCUGGGGAUCCUAAGCUGCCUGGUCAUGAUGUUCGUCAUUAACCCCGUGUACUCCUCAGGCAGCAUCGUCCUCCUGCUACUGCUGCUGCUUUUCCUGCACUACAGAUCGCCCACCAGCAGCUGGGGCUACAUUAGCCAGGCUCUCAUUUUCCAUCAGGUGCGCAAGUAUCUGUUGAUGCUGGACGUGAGGAAAGACCAUGUGAAGUUCUGGAGGCCGCAGGUGCUGCUAAUGGUGGCCAACCCUCGCUCCUCCUGUCAGCUCAUCCUGUUUGUCAACCAGCUGAAGAAGGGAGGACUGUUCGUGUUGGGUCACGUGCAGCUGGGAGAUCUGGACUCCCUGCCAUCAGACCCAGUCCAGCAGCAGUACAACUUCUGGCUGAGCCUAGUUGAUAAACUGGGGGUGAAGGCCUUUGUAGACCUGACGCUCUCCCCCUCAGUCAGACAGGGAACUCAGCAUCUGCUGCGCAUCACAGGGCUGGGUGGCAUGAAGCCCAACACACUGAUUUUGGGCUUCUACGACAGCUGCACUCCUGAGGACUUCUUCCUACAAGACACUGCCUUCUGUGACGCCUCAGUGGGACGAGGCAGCGAGGGUGACUAUAACUUUGGGGUUGACCUGCCUUCAUUGCAGGCCCACUUCCCUCCUGUGCGACAUGUGGAGAGUCCACGCUGGCUCUCGCCAGAGGAGUACGUUGGCAUUGUUUCUGACGCCAUUAAGAUGAACAAGAACGUGUGCCUUGGCAGAUAUUUCUUCCAGUUAGAGGGCGAAGACAAAGAGAGCAAGGUGGACGGCUCGGAGCGGACUAUAGACGUGUGGCCUCUGAACCUGCUGCAGCCCGGCAGCCGUGACUACCAGGACGUGUGCAGCCUCUUCCUGCUGCAGAUGGCCUGUGUGCUCAACAUGUCCAGCAAAUGGCGACAUGCAAGAAUGAGAAUCUUCCUGAACGUGGAGACGCAGUCCAACGACCAGGGCUGGGUGGUGAAUGAGGAGACAUUUCGAGAGCUGCUGAGGAAUCUGAGGAUCCGUGCGUCCAUAAAGAUUGUACCGUGGGACUCUGUGGUGCAGCACCACUCCCAGCCGGGCGGGGACAACUCUGCAGAGACCACACAAGCUCUGUCCGAGCACUUUUUGACCGCAGUGAACUGCAUGUUGAUGGAGCACAGCUCGCAGGCUGCUGUGCGCUUCCUGUAUUUACCUCGUCCUCCUGCUCAUCACAGCCAGUCGCAGCAGUACUUGGCUCAGCUGGAAGCAGUGACCAGCGGUUUAGGACCAACGCUGCUGAUUCAUGGUGUCACCCCAGUCACUUACACUGACCUCUGAGCAUGUGUAGUCUUGAAUUUACUUAAAUCUAAGUAGAAACAAAAGGAACACGUAGUUUCAUGAAGAGUGAAUGCCUCGGUACAGUAUUUACUACUGCAGCCUGUUACUUUACUGAAGCCUAGAGAAGGACCACAGUCGAGUGCCACUUGAAGCUUUUGCAUUCAAAUAGGAUAUCUUCCUAUUUUUAAAUACUUGAACUGACGUUGGGAUUGAGUAAAGCAAAUACCAAUGUUUGUGGUCAUGAUUUAUGUUGAUGUAACCUCCUGUUUGAUUUAGCUUUAGCUCUGCCUUUCAUGGAAACACACAGAUAUGAAAAUGUGUCAAAAACUCGUCAGAACUAAACCACAGUUUUUUUUUUAACAAUAUUAGACAUUAAUGGCAUCGAAUAUUUAAAUGUCUACAUAUAAUUUGAGGCUUGAAAUCAUGUGGAAUUUGUGGUAUUUGUGCUAGAAAUGACCACAGUACAAAAGCAAUUUUUACUGCUCCAUGUUCUAAAGGGAGUUGUGUUCAUGCAGAAUAGCUCGUUUGUAUUUUUUGCUGCCUGCUUUUUUAUUUUAUUUUCACAUUUAGGCUGGUUGCCGGACCAAGUGAUCCAAAGAGUUUUUGUUCUUGACCUGAAUUGAAUUCAAAUUUUCCUUUUCAAUGCACUUAUCCAAACACGUUUUCUCUUGACUAUUGAAAGUGUCUUUUUGCUCUUUACAAAGGGAAGUGUUUUGUACAUCUGACCUCAGAAUGAUGAACAGCAUUUGUUACUAUUUGUGUUAAAUACUUUGGAUUUUUGUCCUUCACAGUGCAGACUGUUGAAAUAUAUUUAAAAGGGUUAUUAUUAUAUUCAUGGUUACUUUGGAUGUACUAAAAAUUAUAAUGACCAUUAUAAUCCGGUCUCAGUCAGAACCAGAAUGAUGAUUCAAAGCAGGCCAAGACUGACACCAGAGCAAGUUUUAGUGUCACAUUUCUUCACAAUAACUCACCAUAGUUGCAAGCUAUGUAUUGACAUGUCACUGUACUUUAGUUUUCUGCUGCUGAAAAGGGAUCUUGCACAUGUUUGGGUUAAUGCUUAAAGAGGGAACUUUAAAGCAGUGCUUCCCGACCUUUUCUAUCUGAUAUAACCCUGCAAGAAACUCAAGAAACCCUUCAUCAGUACCUCGAAUGUUCAAAUGUGUUCAUUAAAACUUGUUAAAAAUUGGAUCUUUGUUACCAGUUAAGUAGAUAAAGUUUUGUUUUUCAUGAAAUUGAACUAUUAGUGUUUAGGUAAGCCUGGUUUGAACUAUUUAUUCAUUAACUUAAGCUGUAUAUUUUUCACAUCUUCAUUUCAACCUUCAAGAGUUUCAUCCACACUGUUAGCUUAACAAUUUAAACAGCCUGCCAUGCUACCAGCUAAUGAUUUCCAACCAUUUAUUCCUGCUAUUUCCUUUUAUUUAUCCAUUAUGUUUACCUUAGAGUGUCAAGUAUUUAUCCUUAUUGUUAGCUUUAAAAAAAGGAUUGUUUAUCUAUACUUUUUGCUAAAAAAAAAAAACAAACAAACUUUUAGGUAGCUGUUUGAAUAAUUUAUCCACUUUGGCCAAACAGUUGAAACUGUUAGCUCAAGGUUGACAACGAGCUGAAACAGCUAAAGUUAUGGACGAACAAUUGGAAAUUGUGUGUGAACAGUAUAAAUAAACAGUUGAAAUUGUUAAUUCACACAUAUAACUAACAAUUUUAUGUACUGGCCGUACUAUUAACUAAUUAUUUGUCAGUUUUAGCUAGUUAUUUCAACUUUUUGGACCAUUAUAGUUAGCUAACAAUUUAAUUUGUUAAUCCAUACAGUUAUCAAAAAAAUACAAUCUGUUCGUCAUAUCCUAUAGCAAAAAAAACCUCAGCUUCUUGGUAUACUAUUAGCCAACAAUGUCAACUGUUAGCCACAAUUGUAGGUAGCUAUUUCAACCAUUUUGUCCUCGAUUUGAAUCAGUUCUGCAUAUUUUUUCUGUCUCUGCUGUUUAUCCAUUACCUUUGGCUAACUGUUAACUAUUGUACUCCAGGCUGUUCACGUCCACUAAUUCUUUAAUUAACUUGUAAUUCCUGCUGUUACCCAUGAGUUGAGCUAAUCUUUUUACAGAAUUACCCCCUGGGGCAGUCGUGCCUGUGGUUGGGAGUCACUGCUUUAAAGUACUUUAAUGCAGAUGUUCAUAGAAAAGUAAAUAUAAUGUACGCCACAUGCACUGUGUGUUGUUAUGUUUGGAAUUGUAACGAAUUAUUUAAAAGCUGCAUAAAGGCAACACAAACUGA